GAAAAUGAGAAUGAAGAUACCAUCGUUUUAUGAAUAAAACAUUUCAGCAUGUGAUCUCGGCUAAUCAACUCAGUUGCGGCGAAUGAGUGACGGACAUGGACUGUAAUAAAGAAUGAUGGAUCUAAAACACCCUUUAGGUGGAACUCUGAUCUAAGAAUAGAAAGUUGACCAAACUGUCUCCUAGUAUGGCUCCAUGUACGGUUGUGACGGAUGCGGUACUCUGUCGCGUACCAAUGUACCCAUAAUGCCGGCGACCCCUUUGUGUAUCUAAUAUGUCAUUCACUUCAUAGUCUGAUCAUCUGAAGCGGCCUGGAGUGGGUCACAUCCUUCUUCCGGCUCACACGGCGAUAUCGAGAUUAGUCGACCUCGUUGCUCCCCUUGUCCUGCCAUCCAUUAACCAGGGGAAGAAGGAAAUACCAUCAGGCGGGUUGUGCGUGUGAAUACUGCCACACGCGACCAAAAGGUAUUAACUGUCCCAGUCAGCUUAUUGGCACAGACGUUCAUCCGUAUAUCUCCGCGAUUGGUGGUGCAGGGCUUGGAAGUCUGCGUAGAAGAUAGGCCUGGCAUCGUUUUUUAUGGUACUGCAACGGUUGAUGUCACCAUACAAAGACAUUCUGGACUUCACUCGGCCAUUUCCGUUAGAACAGCGUACUACAGUUAUGUUCACGGAUGGAUGCACGGCUCGGCUCAAGGCAAUCUACGUAGAGGCACUAGAGAAACCAUUGACGGUUCGGAUUGGACUGUGCGGCGAUAUUUUCUGCAGACAGCGUCACGGUGGACGGUUCUUCCUCCUGGGAAGCUCUUAGAUUUGCUCUACCAGAACGAAGCGGCACCUGAAUCAGUUUUUCUCCACCGCAUUUGAACGAGGCCUGGACAGUGUUGCGGAUUGUAGGAAAGUACUCUUUCGACAUGGUGACUUUUACUUGCACGAGGACAAGGCUUGAGAACAGCUUGGUUGUCUGGAUUUUCUUGCAGUAUGUCGUUUUUACGAGCAAAGUUGAUGCGGCCUCCUACAGGACUGCUCCCCAGCCCACGGCAGCUCUGCUGGGUCAGACGGUGAAGCUCAGAUGUUCCUUUGACGACCUGGAGAUGGAAGACGUGGUAAACUGGUUUGGACCGCCCGACUUUCAGCACAUUUCUAAAGGACGAAAUGUGCAUAAACGCUACACAAGAUACUCAGUAGUAGAUUCUAACGCUGAUUUUGGUGAGUUUAACCUGGAGAUACGGGAUGUACAGCUGGAGGAUGACGGGGUGUACAGGUGUAGUACCUUCUCCGCCGGGGAGGCAGUGGAUGCCAGACUGACAGUUAUAGUGCCUCCUGCCGAACCUCCGGAGAUAAUUCCCAACCGUAGAUCUGUAGCGGCUGGGCAACCCCUGCAUAUAAGCUGCCGCUCCAGAGGGGGUCUGCCUCCUCCCAAACUCACCUGGUAUAACGGGACAGUUCCAGUGGACGACACAUUUGUGCAGAGCAGAGCGUUGGACAAUGGGGAAGUUAUACUUGACCUGAGCAUACCUGCUGUGGCUAAGUGGGAUAAUGGAGUAAAUAUGUCCUGCAAAGCUGACCAAGGUUUUCCGGAUUUAGUGGAACCACUCGUGGCUCCGUUCAUACUGGACGUCCAAUAUUCGCCUAAAGUGAACCCUCUUCAGAGCCUGUGGAGUGUGAAGGAGGGCACAUUUACAAACCUAACCUGUCUUGUAGACAGCAAUCCUCGUACCAUCGUCAGGUGGAAAAAACUAGACGGCGGAUCUUUACCAAUUAAAGGAAGGGAAAGCAACUGGUCGUUCCUACUGACGAAAGUAUCUCGAGGUGACAACGGAAUUUACCAAUGCCAAGCAGACAACGGCAUCAGCCCUGCUGCCUCGGCCACGAUAUCCCUGGAUGUUUUGUAUCCUCCGGCCAUCCAGAAAAAUUUCGACGACAAAGUGAAUGUGCUGUUUGGCAACUCAGACUUUUCUCUGGAAUGCAAAGCAGAAGGAAACCCCAAGCCUCACAUAAGAUGGCGAAGAGCAAACACAAACCUGUACUUUAACAAUCCGUUGAGUUUUUCCAGAUCUGAUUACCAGACGGAAGGUGAAUACGACUGUGUAGCAGAGAGUGUUGGUUUUCCAGCAACUGUAAAGCGAACCAUUGUUGAUGUUAUUGGCAAACCAGCCAUUCUGGAAGGCCCAAACACACUGCGAACAUCACAGGGGAGUUCUCUAACUCUUGUCUGCGAGGUGAAUGCAGAUCCUCUUCCUGAGAGCAUCACGUGGUCUUGGAGAAAUACCAACGGGCAGGACGUUGUCCUCAGUGGGAAUACUUUCAGUGGAGUGGAUUUGACCCGCCGGACUACAGAUAUGGGAGCAGAUAGCAUACUUGUUAUAGACCCUGUCAGUACCAGCAAUGCCGGGGAGUACACGUGUACAGCACAGAACAUGUUUGGGACGGACAGUCGUGGGUUUACGGUACUUGUUGAAGGUCCACCUGUAUUUGUCAUAGCGGUGGUAACAGGAGUUCUUGUCGUGUCCAUCUUCCUCACUGUGGUGGCCGGGAUCUGCAUAGCCAGGAAAUGGGGCUGCGUUUGCUGUAAAACAAAAACAGGAGAAUUACAGGUACCAAACGGCGACAAGCAUCCGCCCCUUCCCAAGCAAACGACCGUUGUGAUGGAGCUGGAGGAUUUUGGCAGCAAUAUCAAGCCUCAAAGGCCCCACUGGAUGGAGAAGGACCCGUACGCCAUCGGUAUAUCUUACCAUAACUCGGCCAUGCAGACCCCUUCACUAACUGACACGGAUAGAAGGAAACUUUACAGCGACGAGAAUGAAUCACACAGAAAACAUAUCCACGGGUCUUCCUACACCAGAGGUGCCCACCACAACCCGAUCAUACAUCCUCAUGCAGCAAGCUACAGGCAAACUAAGGUGAAGCGACUCCCCGUACAACACGACGGCUGGGCAGAUGCUGCGGAUCACUUUUAGUGCUGUUGCUAAUAUGAUAUUAAAUAGAGAAAAAUAUUCUAGUGGCUGCAAUGUAUUAUAAGUGACGGCCAAAAAGGUAGUUUUGAGCACUAAAGAAUUGUGAUGUACAGACCUAAAACACUCUUCUACGCAGACAUCCAACGGCGCCAGCAAACCGCCUCUUGUCUGUACUCUGCUAUCUCAA